AUGGCCGACGACGACGAUGAUGUGACCCUGUUCGGGUUUUGGGCAAGCAUGUUCGGGAUCCAGUGCAGGCUAGCACUCACCUUGAAAGGGAUCGAGUACAAGUACAAGGAGGAGGCGGACUUGUUCGAUCAAAGCCCAUCGCUCGUCCAGCUGAACCCGGUCUUCAAGGGAAUCCCCGUCCUCAUCCACAAUGGCAAGUCCGUGAGCAAGCCCGUGUGCGAGUCCCCCGUCAUUCUCGACUAUAUUGAUGAGGCCUGGCACAACAAAGUUCCGUUCUUCCCGUCUGAUCCUUAUGGCAGAUCCCAAGCCAGAUUUUGGGCCGACUAUAUCGACAAGACAUUGUACGUUCCCGGGAAGAAUGUGUGGAUGAAGAAGAAAGGCAAAGAGCAGGAGGCGGCAAGGAAGGAGGUGGUCGAUGGCCUUAAGGCAAUGGAAGGCGAGCUUGGAGAGAAGCCCUUCUUCGGGGGCGACAAGUUGGGGCUCGUGGACUUGGUGCUCCUGUCCUAUUCCUGCUGGUUUCAUACGUUUGAGAUGUUCGGCAACUUCAGCAUCAAAGCGGAAGCGCCGAAGCUGAUCGAAUGGGUAAGGAGGUGCAUGGAGCAGGAGAGUGUGUCAUGGUUGCUCCCUGACCCUGACAAGGUGUAUGCCUCCGUUUUGCAAUGCAAGAAGAAGUAUGGGCUCGAAUAG